AUGCCCAAUGAUCCUGCAACUCAAACGCCCAGCGGUCACCAGGAUAAUAUAACGCGGCGUAAAAAGACAACUACCACCGAUGACCCAGACUAUUCACAGAUUGAUGCUCCUGUUACAUCGAGAAUAGUAACGAAUAAUGUGCAACGCGAAGUCAAAGAGCUUAUGAAACAUCUCAAUGAACCUCUGGCUAACUACGUUAAUAAAGAACUCAAAACUAUCAAGGACGAAAUAGUUCAAGUAAAGGAAUCAAUGACAUUUAUUAACAAUCAAUAUGAGGAGAUGAGAGCUGGAUUAGCUGAGAGAAAUAGCCAGAUACAUGACAUUGAGAAGGAAAAUGAAGAGCUUAAGAACGCGGUAAAGGAUCUAACUACCAAAGUGAACCUAAUGGAGCAACAUUCACGUUCGUGUAAUGUGGAAAUUCAGUGCGUACCUGAGUUCAAAAGCGAGAAUCUCGUGUCUACGGUCAUGAAUAUUAGCAAAGUUAUAUCCUUUGAACUGACUGAGAGUAAUAUUCACAACACUACACGGAUUGCUAAACAGAACCCAACUAGUACUCGUCCGAAGUCGAUUAUUGUACAAUUUAGCAGCCCAAAGAUUCGCGACGGUUUCCUCGCCGCAUCCAUUAAAUUUAACAAGAGCAAGAGCAACGACAAUAGCAAAAAGCUCAAUAGCAGUCUUAUCGGUAUUGCGGGUAAAAAAGAAAGCAUCUACAUCACCGAACAUCUAUCCCCUGGGAACAAAGCAAUCCAUGCCGCAGCCAGAAAGAGAGGCAAAGAGCUGAGCUACAAACGACAUACUUUCCAACAUAGACAGACAUCACAAACCACUUCUCUGCGAGAUUUCUUUUACUAG